AUGAACCGUUACCAUCCGAGCCAUUAUUCACAUCAUAAUCAUCACCAUCAUUAUCACCAUCAUCAUCACCAUCAUCACCAUGGAAACGGUGGUCGAGGAAUGCAGCAACAGCAGCAACAUCUUCAGUAUUAUCAGCAGCAGCAGCAGCAGCAACAAUACCAUCAGUACCAGGAACAGUAUCAAAGCCAACGAAGCAUUGAAGUCUAUAGCCGUCGCGUGCAGCAUCAGAAAUCAUGCAUGAUCCCGGAUGAUGAGAUCUCACGGAAACUACCAAAGGAAAUUUUACUCCGCAUUUUAUCAUAUCUAGACGUUACGUCGCUUUGCCGAUGUGGACAGGUGUCCCGAUAUUGGAACAUGCUUGCAUUGGACGGAUCCAACUGGCAGAAGAUUGACCUAUUCGAUUUCCAGCGUGACAUAGAGGGUCCGGUGAUUGAAAACAUUUCCCAGCGGUGCGGUGGUUUCCUGAAGUAUUUGCGGCUGCGUGGCUGCCAAUCGGUCGGUAACCAAUCGAUUCGAACCCUCGCCAAUUACUGCCCCAACAUCGAGCACCUGGAUCUGGCCGAGUGCAAGAAGAUCAGUGACAUUGCCAUACAGCAACUGAGCAAGAACUGUGCCAAGCUGACCGAGAUCAAUCUAGAAUCGUGCUCACAGAUAUCCGACAGCAGCCUUAAGGCACUCUCCGACGGGUGUCCGAACUUAGCGGAAAUCAACGUGUCAUGGUGCAGUUUCAUCACAGAGAAUGGCGUCGAGGCGCUCGCAAGGGGAUGCAAUAAGAUUAAAAAGUUUAGCAGUAAAGGGUGCAAACUGGUGAAUGAUCGAGCCGUCAUCGCGCUCGCUUUGUACUGUCCCGGAAUAGAGGUUUUAAAUCUACAUAGUUGUGAUAGCAUAACGGAUGCAGCAAUAUCGAAGAUCGCCGAAAAAUGCUGCAAUCUGAAGCAGCUGUGCGUGUCCAAGUGCACCGAGCUUACCGAUCAGUCUCUCACUGCCCUUGCGAUGCAUAAUCAGUAUCUCAACACGCUCGAAGUUGCCGGCUGUGCACAAUUCACCGAUAGCGGUUUUAUCGCUCUGGCUAAGAAUUGUAAAUAUCUGGAGCGAAUGGAUCUGGAGGAGUGUAGUCUCAUUACGGAUGCGACACUGCAGAAUCUGGCCUUAGGAUGUCCUAGUCUGGAGAAAUUGACUUUAUCGCAUUGCGAACUGAUAACGGAUGAGGGUAUCAGGCAGCUGGCCGGUGGUGGCUGCGCCGCCGAAAGCCUUUCCGUGCUCGAGCUGGAUAAUUGCCCACUGAUCACAGACGCUACGCUGGAGCAUCUAAUAACCUGUCACAAUCUGCAGCGGAUAGAGCUGUACGACUGCCAACUCAUCUCGCGUAACGCUAUACGUCGUUUACGGAAUCACCUUCCAAAUAUUAAGGUACACGCUUACUUCGCACCGGUUACACCGCCACCAACGAUGAAUGGACCGCGCCCGAGGUACUGCCGCUGUUGUGAGAUUCUCUGA